GAAGAGUGACACGCCAUUCAAUUGCUGCCUGGCCCGCUGCAUGUAGGAAACAGGAGGGUGCUUUGAACAGAAGAAUUUCUUACUAUCUGGCCGGAGGGGGAAAAUAAAGCGGCUACAUCUGCGCUGCGUAAAGCAAAAGUUUUGACGAAUCGCGUCGAUAUGGGGAUCCGAAAAAAGACUAACAAGAAUCCGCCGGUGCUAAGCCACGAGUUUGUCAUCCAGAAUCAUGCAGAUAUUGUUUCCUGUGUUGCUAUGGUGUUUCUCCUCGGCUUGAUGUUUGAGGUCACCUCCAAGUUUGCAGUGUUGUUCAUAACUGUCCAGUACAAUGUCACCAUAUCAACAAAUGAAGCUCCAGGGGAGACUGCCGUGAACCACUUCCACCACGGGAUCAAGGACUUGGCAACUAUCUUCUUCUACAUGCUGGUGGCCAUCAUAAUGCACGCCAUCAUCCAGGAGUAUGUGCUGGACAAAUUCAACAGGAAGAAGCACUUCUCCAAAACCAAGCACAGCAAAUUCAACGAGUCCGGCCAGCUCAGCGCCUUCUACCUCUUCUCCUUUGGUUGGGGCACGAGCAUCCUGCUCUCUGAAAACUUCCUGUCCAAUCCAGUCAGCCUGUGGGAGGGUUAUCCACAUACACUGAUGCCAUUCCAGAUGAAAUUCUACUACAUUUGUCAGCUGGGCUACUGGUUACAUGCUCUACCAGAGAUGUAUUUCCAAAAGACAAAGAAGGAGGAUAUUCCGCGCCAGCUUGUGUACAUCUGCCUGUACCUGGUCCACAUCGCUGGCGCCUACAUUCUGAACCUGAACCGCCUGGGUCUGGUCCUCCUAGUGUGUCAUUACUUUGUCGAGCUUCUGUUCCACAUUUCCCGCCUGGUCUACUUCAGCAAUGAGAACAGACAACUGGGUUUCACCAUAUGGGCGGUCUUUUUUGUCCUUGGACGGCUGCUCACCCUGUCCCUGUCUGUCCUCACCGUGGGCUUUGGCCUCUCCACAGCUGACAGUCAAGGCUUCGAUUGGGCGGCAGGAAACUUUAACGUCCUUUUUGUCCGGGUAACUGUCCUGAGUGCCAUCUGCCUCACACAGGCCUUUAUGAUGUGGAAAUUUAUCAACUUUCAGCUGCGCCAGUGGAGAGAGCACGCCCAGACUCAGACCUUGAAAAAGAAACAAGCUCCUUCCAAGAGUAAAUCAAAGAAAGACAAAGCCAAUGGAGUAAAUGGAGUGAACUCUCACCAAGCUGAUUCACCAAGAGCCAGAAAAGAGAAGUCCUCCUAAAAACAUUCCUCUCAGCUCUAUCACCCCCACACCCCCCAAAAGAUCUUUUUUUUUUUUUUUUUUUCUCCCCCCUCCCCCCCGCAUCUUUGUGGCCAACGGAUUCUCCAGCUCCGUGACCCAUGACCUGCAUCUUCAGCUCCCACACACGACUGACCUCCCAGCUGGACUUCAAGGACCAGAGUGCAGCUUCGCUCGUCAUCCAGCACACCUUCAUUUCUGUGCCCUGCUGUGCUAUUGUAAAUGAAAGGAACACCAAUUUAGAAAAAAUAAACUAUGGAAA